AUGAAGGUCGAGAACCCAUCACCCGGCCAUUCUCUCGUGGCCCAAGUUUUGGCCCUCUUGAAGGCAAAUCUGCUGCUUCUAGCAUUUCUUUCCCUGGUCAUUCGAUCCCUCUAUAAGCGUUACGCAUCUCCUCUUCGCAAUGUGCCUGGCCCGUGGCUGGCUUCGUGUUCGAGGCUUUGGAAAGUGUGGAGUACAUACAAUGGACACACCGAGUUGGACCAUAUAGCUCUGCACAAGAAAUACGGACCCGUGGUUCGCACGGCCCCCAAUGAGGUAUCCUUCGGCACUUGCAAUGCGGCCAAAGACAUUUUUGCCGUGGGCAAAGGUUUCCAUAAGACCAUGUUUUACAGCGUCUUUCCGCCAAAGCAUGCACCGGAUAUCUUUACAGAAGUUCGCGAAUGGAAGCAUGCGCAGAUGAAACGCUAUGCCGUCACUCCCUACAGCCUUGCGCAGAUGCAGAAACGAUCAGGGCCGAUCGAGGACAUGAUCAAGCUUUUGAUGGAGCAUCUGGAGAAGUAUGCUACCGAGAACAAACGGGUUUGCAACCUGGGAAACCUAUUGCACUACUUUGCUUUCGAUGUACUUGGAGAAGUGGCCUUUUCACGACAAUUUGGUUUCUUGGAACAAGAAGUCGAUAUUGAGGGCUCAAUCAAGAACAUCGACGACGUCCAAUGGUACGACGGGAUCGUGGGUCACAUUGCGGAAUACGACAUCCUCCUUCGAAACAACCCAAUCCGGCCCUACCUAGGCUUACAAAUGAAACCAACGACGAUGACGAAAAUUGCGGUCGCCGAGCUCGAAAAGCGCAAACAAAAGGACGGAACCUUCGAUUCAACAGGUAUCGAUCUGUUGGCCGAGUUAUUGCGAGCACAUGAGGCAAACCCUGAGAAGUUUUCAGUGAAUGACGUGUUUAGUAUCGCUCAUGGCGCUGUAUUUGCGGGAUCCGACUCCACGGCGUCGACAAUGCAAUCGUUUUUCUACUUGGUGCUUAACGCUCCCAAGGUCUACGCCAACCUCUGCCAGGAAAUCGACGAGGCUCAAAAGGCUGGGAAACUGUCUGAAAUCGUCACCUACGCGGAAGCGCUGGCUCUCCCUUACUUCCAGGCGUGCUUGAAGGAAGCCAUGCGAGUCCGACCGGCCGUCGGGUUGGGAAUAUACCGCAAAACUCCGCCGGAAGGAGUAGAAAUCGACGGCAAGUUUUACCCGGGUGGGAUCGAGGUUGCCGUCAAUGGAUGGGUUCUGCAUCGCGAUGCCUCGAUAUUCGGGGACGACUGCGACGAAUUCAGACCAGAGAGAUGGUUUGAGCGUGAUGCUAAAUUGAUGGGUUCGCAUUUAUAUCAGUUCGGAGGCGGUAGCCACCUCUGUAUUGGUCGUAAUCUCGCGCUGUUUGAGAUGAAUAAGACUCUCAUCCAGAUCCUGAGGGAGUACGAUGUCACCCUGGUGCAUCCUGGACGGCCGUUGGCGUAUCAUUCCACCUUUUUCGUCGUUCAGGAGGGACUAGAGGUGUAUUUGCGCAAGAGGAGCGAGAAGGCACAACUAUUGACUUGUUGGAUCUUGUCAAAGGCCUCAGGACUGAUGCGGUCAUUCUUUGUUUCUGACCAUGUCGCCCUCAAACAAGAUGUUUCCCGUUAUGGUCUCGUCCGCGCCACUUACAAUGAUCCUGCCGCGUCCUACGCAGCAAGCGACGUGAUUGUAACUCAUGACUCUGUCCCGCCUAAUGUCCUCGACGAGUUUCUCACCAAUUCCGUCCCCCCGAUAGGAUAUGUCUACGUCGAAUUUGCUCACGCUCCUGUGGCAGUUUGUUCCCUUGUCGGUGUGGAUGACAUUGUCCUCGUCAGUCGAGCCUUCAAGUUGGGUGACAGUGUCAAGCAAGAUGGAAGCCCCCUGACGGGUACGGUUGUCAAUAUUUCAGAAAAUUACAUCCUUCAACCUGUCUUCCCGAGUGACUACUCGCCGUGGCGGAACUGCACGCAAGAGUGUCCGUCAACCUUACCCGAGCACUUCACUCACCCCAAUCCACACGUCCUCCUUUACGAUGUACCUGCAAGAGAAGUCAGAAGAGCACAGGAUGUCAUGCCAGAGGAUUGGAUAAUACAUCGCAAAUGGCCUGGAGAGGUGGAAUACGCCGAGUACGACACUGUGGUAAUGCUGGCCGACUUCUCCAUUGCAGUCAUCUCUAAUUCUGUCGGCCUGCGUAUACCUAUUGCCCCCAGUAAGAUGCCUCUCAUUACAGUUCCUGAGCUCUGGCUGCCUGGUAUGGUAGCACCGACUCACGGCUGGCCAAACACUAUUCCUGUAUCACACCCACGACGGGGUGACUAUGUCAUUGUGGAUCGUCCUCAUCUGCGGAACGCAAUAUGGUUACGUGGCUCCUACGAUCCGAAGGUCCCUUCUGAAGGCAUCGUCCUUGAUUGUCGAGCUCAUGAGGUUACAGUCGAUUGGCUUUCCGGCAGAACUCGGCGAGGAGACACAUUCAACGCUGCAUCGGUGCCCGAGGAGACGAUAUCUAUCUACAAGGACAUUCAGACUUUCCGUGGGUUUCCAAAGAUGCACCUGAAGAAGGAUGUCAUUAUCUAUGACGCUGGCAGAAUGCCUGUCGAGUCCUUUCGUCAAAACGAACACGGCAUCGAAACGGGAUCUGCCCAUGCUCAGGCACUCCCUCCCGAAUCCCACUAUCUCCGAGAACUUUACUCAGGGCAGCAGCUGGAAGUUGGCAUGCGGGUCAGGUUCCGCGAUCUUUCGGCAGCUGCGGUAAAAUAUCAUGGGAUCAAGGGGUCCACACAUGGCAUGCUUCACCGGGUGACCAAACAUGCAUCUGGUGAUUGGGAUCUGGAUGAGUAUAAGAUUGUUUUCAUGCAACAGUCUGCUACUGUCAUGUGGCAAGAUGGAAGCGUCGUUACGGUUAAUUCAACGUCUCUGACAAACUUUGCCCUCUUCGAAGCCGACAUCCUCCCUACGGACAUUGUGUUCAGACGAGAAGGGAUGCGGCAAAGACCACUUGACCAGAAGGGGGAAGCACGCGAUGCACUUAAAGACUUCGACGAGAUGGCAUUCUUUGAGCGGCCCCACGAUUUGCUCCCUGCCGCUGUGGGCGUGGUCCAGUCAGUUGAUCCCAUCGAGAAGGUCGCUCGCGUGCGGUGGUUCCAAGAACCUAAGAUUGAACUUCUCGCACAAAGCCUGGUUCUAGCACCGAGCUCUCGAUUCGGUGCUAUAGGAGAUGAGAUUGAAGAUGUGUCUCUCUUCGAAAUCAUGGCAUUCCCUUUGUCGUUCAGUCAACGAGGUGAUAUUUGUCUCAUUCCAGCUCCGGGUCCGCUCAAACUCGCACAUGACGUGCUUUCCGAAUCCUCCCUGCCAGAUCACGCCAGGAUAGGCUCGACGUCUUCGCACAUUCCAGGUUCCGGCACCAAUAAACGCAUUCGGCUGGAGCAUUCUCAGGCAUCUCCUUUGGCAACGAGAACCAGCACAGAACAACAUCGGGGUCCAGCGGAGCCCUCGCUUCCUGUCUGGAUUGGCCAGGUUGUUGCGCUGGGACUCGAUGGCCUCGUUAGGGUUCGUUUAGGAACAUCGGAGCCUUGUCGAGACGUGUUCGUCGAUGCCGACUCGGUUUUUACAGUUUUCGGCAGCCGGCCGGAAAUGCCAGGCGAUUUCUCGACAGAUGACGGUCCUGUGGACCUAGACUCUUUGAGUGGUUGGAGUGGAUUUGACUCCAUCUUUAAGCCAGACUUUCCGCGGCCCAUAUUGGAAACCGUGGAGUACGAAGGCGGGGAACGUCUCGACAAUGACAGCGGCGAUGAAAAUUGGGUGUCUGACGAGGACGUGGCAUUCGAGGACGCUGAAGAAGUCUUACACGGCAAAGACAGAGAUGAGGAAAGGGUGGACAGUGGCGAGCAACAAGGCGAUACAACGAAGCCACGACCGGUAUUGUUUCAACUAGAGGAAGUGCCAGGAUCUGAACAGCCUGCUCAGUUUCUUGUGCUUGAUCGGCUGCCUCCGUCUGAUCAGUUCGGACUUCACACUGUACCGCCAAAGCUAAGCCUCAAACGUCUCCUCAUAGAACACCAGAUAUUGGCCACGUCACUCCCGGAAGGUGAGAUCUAUGUACGCACAUAUGAGAGUCGAAUGGAUCUCCUGCGCUGCCUCAUCAUCGGUCCGAGAGAUACGCCCUAUGAAAAUGCGCCGUUCUUGAUCGACUUACAAUUACCUGCCAAGUUUCCGGAAGAACCGCCUGUGGCCCAUUUCCACAGUUGGACCGGUGGACUUGGUCGCAUCAAUCCGAACCUUUACGAAGAAGGCAAGGUUUGUUUGAGCCUGUUGGGGACCUGGUCCGGGGAAAACGAGAGCGAGAAAUGGAGCAACAAGGCAACAUUGCUUCAGGUGCUUGUCUCCUUGCAAGGGUUGGUGCUGGUGAAGAGACCCUUUUACAACGAGGCAGGAUUUGAAGGAUAUGAGCAUGACAAGGCAUAUGCAAGGGAAUCGGACUCGUACAGUGAAAAGGUCUUCGCCAUGUCUAGGCGAUUUGUGAAAAGCGCUUUGCUCCGCCCUCCAGGUGGGCUGGAAGAUAUACUCGCUUGGUUAUAUCUGCCGCAUGAUAUGUCGGAUCCGAGCAAAUGCCUGCUUGGGAACGUCAUUGAGCGCGGAAACCUACUGUUACAGAGAUCUGAAGAGGCUCGAACGAAUCAAGAUGACUCGUUGGUCGACUCGGCAGGAUCAAAGGCCGACGACACCAGCGUGUUUUUGAAACCACUGAGUCGUGGCGCGGCUUCUAUGCUGAGAAGAUUGAUUGGUGACUUGCAGGCACAUCUUGACCGGGUUUCUGCGGAGAAGACGACGAGACAAUGUGAUGAUGACAAUGACAAUGAUGACGAAAUGAUUGAUUCGUGA